AAACAAUAUUAUUUUGUUAACCAACCUUCGUUCGAUCCACACACUUCCGGCGAACUAGAAUCUGAUUUCUCCUAAUCAAUCGAAGCUCGUAACCCUAAUCUAUCAUCUCCGGCGAGACAAAUCUCCCGUUUACCCCUUAAAGCUUCACAAUCUCCAAAACUCAUCAGAUCACUAAUGUCCGGAGGAAGAAAUCGCGGAGGAUCUUACGGCGGCUUACAACCUCCAAUCAACCAACCGCCUUUCCUCAGAGGCUUAGGAGGAGGACACGUGCCUCCACCUCCUCGUCCCUUAGAUGACUACAACAGGGAACCCCAAUUCCGACCCCACCCUUCAAUCAUCGAAGACCGAAUCGCGGCGCAAAGCCAAGACGUGCAGGGCCUACUCGCCGACAACCAGAAGCUAGCGGCUACACACGUGGCGCUCAAACAGGAGCUAGAAGUAGCGCAGCACGAGCUGCAGAGGAUGAUGCAUUACAUCGACUCGUUGAGAGCUGAGGAAGAUAUAAUGAUGAGGGAGAUGUAUGAUAAGUCGAUGCGGUGCGAAGUUGAGCUUCGUCAGGUGGAUGCGAUGAGAAGUGAGGUUCAGAAGGUUCGUGGGGAUAUUAAGGAGUUGAGUGGGAGUAGGCAGGAGUUGACGAGUCAGGUUCAUUUGAUGAGUCAAGAUUUGGGGAGGCUUACGGCUGAGUUGCAGCAGAUUCCGACUUUGACUGCUGAGAUUGAGAAUACUAAGCAGGAGCUCCAACGCGCUAGAGCGGCUAUUGAUUAUGAGAAGAAAGGGUAUGCGGAGAAUUAUGAGCAUGGGAAAGUUAUGGAGCAGAAGCUAGUUGGGAUGGCUAGGGAACUGGAGAAGCUUAGAGCAGAGAUUGCUAACUCGGAGAAUAGAGCUCAUGCAACUGGUCCUGUUGCGAAUCCUGGUGGAGUUGGAUAUGUUGGUGGUGGAUAUGGUAAUCAUGAGGCUGCUGGGUAUGCUGUGAAUCCUUAUCAAGCCAACUAUGCCAUGAAUCCAGCACAAGCACAGGGAGGCGUGGAAGGCUAUUAUCCUCCUCCAUAUGGAGCAGCACCCACUGCCUGGGCGGGUGGUUAUGAUCCGCAGCAGCAGCAACAACAACAGUAUUAUCCACAACAAGGACAAGGACAGGGAUGAAAUUGUCAAAAGUCGUCUAUUUUCCCGACAACAACUCAUAAAUUUUAAAACAAAGCAAGUCUCUCUCUCCCUUUUGUAAUCUUCGCUGUGUUAUUUUUGGGUGUACAAGCAAAAUUCUGAGCAAACCAAUGUAUUAAAGUUUUUUCUAAUUAUGAAAAAAAGAUGAAAGCCUA